CCUAUAAAAAGUAUCCAGUCAGAACACUUGAUGAAAGAGAGAUAGAAAAGGAGAUAGAGUCGGUUACAGUUAGAAGAUGAAACAAACAAAUUGAUGUUCAACAAACACACAAUCCGGGUCAAAUCUUGACCCGACCCAUUCCCCACUUUUUAUAGGCUCUUUAUUAAUUUCAGCAAGUAAAGUCGGUCUCUCUACUCCUUUAUUCUUAUCCUCUUCACCACCUUCAAAUUCAAAUUCAAAUCCAAAUCCAAAAUUCAAUACUCUGUUUUUCUCGGAGAAAAUAAUGUUGUCAAGAUCAUCGUUUAAUCUGUUAAAUCUCGAUGAUUAUUCCAUCUAUUCAUGUGUAACUGAUCGUCCUAGAAUACCCAGAAUCAUGACGGUGCCCGGAAUCCUAUCGGAAUUUGAAGAGCACAACGUUUCCGGUAAACUGGAAAAAGAAACAGAGCAAUCCGACGUCGUUUCAUCUGUUACAGAUCGCCGGAUAAUUGUGUCAAAUCAGUUACCGGUCAAAGCGUAUAGAGAAUCAAACAAAUGGGUAUUUGAAUACGACUCGGAUUCGCUAGUCCUCCAGUUAAAAUCCGGGUUCGGACCCGACGUAGAGUGUGUAUACGUCGGGUCUUUGCCUGUGGAUAUUGACCCGGUGGAGCAGGAAGAAGUGGGUCAAAUAUUGUUGGAUAAGUUUAAAUGUGUACCCACUUUUUUAUCUGUAGAUAUUCAGAAUAAAUAUUACCAUGGGUUUUGUAAACAUUAUUUAUGGCCUUUGUUUCAUUAUAUGUUACCCGUGACCCGGACCCACGGAGUCCGGUUCGACCGGGUAGCAUGGCAGGCCUAUGUGUCUGCCAACAAAAUAUUUGCUGAUAAAGUGAUGGAAGUGUUUAACCCGGAUGAGGAUUAUGUUUGGAUACAUGAUUAUCAUUUGAUGGUUAUGCCUACUUUUUUGAGAAAAAGAUUUCACCGGGUUCGGGUCGGGUUUUUCCUCCACAGCCCGUUUCCUUCUUCGGAGAUUUAUCGAACGUUGCCCGUUCGAGACGAGAUUCUACGUGCCUUGUUGAAUUGUGAUUUAAUCGGGUUUCAUACGUUUGAUUAUGCGCGACAUUUUUUAUCGUCUUGUAGUAGGAUGUUAGGGCUUGAUUAUAAGUCUAAGAGGGGGUAUAUUGGGCUUGAGUACUAUGGGAGGACAGUUAGUAUCAAGAUUUUACCUGUUGGGAUCCAUAUGGGCCAGAUUGAGUCGGUUAAAUCGUCGAACCGGACCGCGAAAAAGGUUGAGGAGCUGAGGAAAGUUUAUGGGGGGAAAGUUGUGAUAUUGGGUGUUGAUGAUAUGGAUAUGUUUAAAGGGAUUAGUUUGAAGUUUUUGGCUAUGGGUCAGUUGUUGGAGGAGUAUCCCGCGCUACGGGGUAGGGUGGUUUUGGUUCAGAUUUUGAAUCCGGCUCGAAGCCGGGGUCAUGAUAUUCAGGAAGUUGAGAAUGAGACGCAAAAAGUGGCUAGUGAGGUUAACCGGCGGUUUGGUAAAGAUGGGUAUGAACCGAUUGUGUUUGUAAAUGGGCCAGUUUCGACACAUGAUAAGAUCGCGUACUACGCGAUAUCUGAGUGUGUUGUGGUGAAUGCGGUUCGGGAUGGUAUGAAUUUGGUGCCAUAUAAGUACACUGUUUCGAGAGAAGGUAGUCCCGAGUUGGAUAAGGCAUUAGGGAUUAGCGAACCGAAGGGUAGAAAAAGUGUGAUCAUAGUGUCGGAGUUUAUUGGAUGUUCACCGUCUUUGAGUGGUGCGAUCCGGGUCAACCCGUGGAACAUUGACUCCGUUACCGAGGCGAUGAGCUUAGCCAUCAUGAUGCCGGAUAACGAGAAGAAGUUGCGACACGAGAAGCAUUAUAAGUAUGUUAGUUCUCAUGAUGUUGGUUAUUGGGCUAAGAGUUUCGAUCAGGACCUCGAGAGGGCGUGUAAGGAGCAUUUUCACAAACGGUGUUGGGGAGUCGGGUUCGGUUUGGGCUUUCGGGUUGUGGCUCUCGGGCUGAACUUCAGGAAACUAUCGGUUGAACACAUUGUUUCGGCUUAUAGAAAGACAAACAGCCGGUUGAUAUUACUUGAUUACGAUGGUACCGUGAUGCCACAGGCUUCAGUUGAUAAAGCUCCAAGUAAAGAAGUUAUUUCCAUACUGAACGUGCUAUCUAACGACCCGAAAAACGUGGUGUUCAUCGUUAGUGGAAGAGGAAAGGAUUCGCUAAGCAAGUGGUUUGAUUCAUGUAAGAAUCUCGGGUUAUCUGCAGAACAUGGUUGGUUGACUAGAUGGAGCGGCGACUCGGAUUGGGAAUGUUGUGGCGGCUUAGCGGUGGAUGUCGAGUGGAAGAAAGUGGCGUUACCGGUGAUGGAGCAUUACACCGAAGCAACCGAUGGCUCAUUCAUAGAGCAAAAGGAGAGUGCUUUAGUUUGGCAUCAUCAAGAAGCCGAUCCGGAUUUUGGGAUGUGGCAGGCUAAAGAGCUACUCGAUCACCUCGAAAGCGUGCUAGCCAACGAGCCCGUGGUUGUGAAACGAGGCCAACAAAUCGUCGAAGUGAACCCACAGGGUGUGAGCAAAGGGGUGGUGGUUGAAAGCCUAAUUGCAAGCAUGCAUAGUAAAGGAAGGCCCUUAGAUUUCGUGUUAUGCAUAGGAGACGAUCGGUCCGAUGAGGACAUGUUCGAGAAGAUCUCGAGUUCGGUUGUGAACCGUGGGAUAGCCGAAGUGUUCGCAUGUACGGUUGGACAAAAGCCGAGUAUGGCAAAAUAUUAUCUUGAUGAUACCGUGGAUGUGAUCAAGAUGCUUCAUGGGCUGGAAUCGGCAUCAACCCAAGUUCCAAAGACCUCCGCGAUGGGAGUUUCGUUCGAAACAAGCUUCUAAAAUGUGUUUUUAGCUUCUCUUUUUUUGUUUGUUCGUAAAAAUGCAGAUAUUGUAGACACAUAAUCUCUUGUACAGAGCGUAUACACAUGGUUUCUCUCAAGUUGUAUUGUUCUUGAAUCUUUAAUGUGUAGAAAUGAGACUUUAAAGUGAAA